AUCUCUGCGCGCAGAGAGCGAGCGGAGACACCACUCUAGGCUACCGCCUUCUUCGUCUUCUGCUUCUGCUGCUGCUGCUGCUGGUUCUUCUUCUCCUUCGUCUUCUUCUUCGAGCUCAAGCAGCGAACUGCCGAAGCGCGAGCCCGAAUCGCAUCGGCCCGGAGCAGAGCGAUGACGACGCGGAUCGCUCCGGGGGUCGGGGCGAACCUGCUCGGCCAGCACUCCGCCGAGCGGAACCAAGACGCCACCGCCUACGUCGGCAACCUCGACCCUCAGGUGUCGGAGGAGUUGCUCUGGGAGCUGUUUGUUCAAGCGGGCCCUGUUGUUAAUGUUUAUGUUCCAAAGGAUAGAGUGACAAACCUUCACCAAGGAUAUGGAUUUGUCGAGUUCCGGAGUGAAGAAGAUGCUGACUAUGCAAUUAAGGUGUUGAACAUGAUAAAACUUUAUGGAAAGCCUAUACGCGUGAAUAAGGCAACCCAAGAUAAAAAGAGCUUGGAUGUGGGGGCAAACCUUUUUAUUGGAAAUCUUGACCCUGAUGUAGAUGAGAAGCUUCUGUAUGAUACUUUCAGUGCAUUUGGCGUAAUCGUUACGAAUCCAAAGAUUAUGAGAGAUCCUGAGACAGGAAAUUCCCGUGGUUUUGGUUUCGUCAGUUAUGAUUCUUUUGAGGCAUCUGAUGCAGCUAUUGAGGCGAUGAAUGGCCAGUAUCUUUGCAAUCGACAAAUUACAGUCUCAUAUGCAUAUAAGAAAGACACCAAAGGGGAGCGUCAUGGUACUCCUGCAGAGAGAGUUUUGGCAGCUAGCAAUCCAAAUGCCACGAAGAGUAGGCCCCAUACUUUAUUUGCAAGUGGACCACCAACUCUUCCCGGUCCUCAGGCCAAUGGUGGCAUGGUUGCUCCAGCUCCUCCACGCCCCUUUGCAAAUGGGGCUGUCGCUCCAUCACCAAUGCCAAUGCUCCGGCCACCACCUCCUCCACAAGGAGCGACUUUCCCGCCUAUGCAAGUCCCUCGGCCAGCAUGGCCUGGUCAGCCUCCGCAACCUGGUCAGGCAAUGCCACAAGUUGGAAUGCCGCCGCCACCACCUUUACAGCAGUUCCGGCCACCUCCCGGCAUGCCCCCGCCACCUCCUCAGGCGGGUCAAGUCCUCCAGAGACCACCUCCACCACCAGUUGGGAUGGUAGCACCGCAACCUACCUGGCAACCACCACCACCUCAGCAACACAUGCUCGGGAGGCCCCCCAUGCCACACAUGUCCAUGCCGCCGCCGCCGCCGCCUCAAGGUUAGGGUGUGGUGAUUGAUGGGGUCACAUCCAUGAGAUGCUUCAAGCAUCUAGAGAUUCAGUUGUAGCAUUUUGUGAACUGCUUUUCCCUGUUGUUUAGAGUGUAGGGACCUAAGUAUCUGAAUAUACAUCUUAGUAUUGAGCUGGUCUUUUAUGUUGCAAUAGUCCUAGUUCGUUGAAUCAUGAGUGUGUUAGAAUGGCAGUGGGAUUUAGCAAAAGGGAUGUGAUUUUCUUUACCUGUGUCAUUGCAUUUCUUCCUUAUAUUUGGAUGAGAAGAUGUUGCCACUGAGUCCGGAGUCGGAUCAUUUUUUGGAAUAUAACUCUUGAAGAGAUACUGUAAUUGAAACCAAUAUCUCAAUUUGUUUCCCCAGUGUUGCGCCUGACAA